AUGGUUGACUACAACAACUACCAGUCACUUCCUCCUCCGGGACAGAACUACUACGGACACACCCCGCAGUCUCAGCAGCCCGCACAGCCCGCCCAUCAGCAACUGCAAGCGCCACCUGCUCAAUCAGGUCAGAACCCAUUUCAAAUUGCGCCGGGCGGCUCCCACCCUCCGCCGACUCAGGCACUGAACCACAAUAUUGCCUCGAAGUUUACCAGCCAGGAUAUCCUGAUUUUGAAGCAACUUUUGGUGGCGGGUGAAAAACACAAAUGGAAGCAAAUCACUAAGGAGAUCAACCACGCGUCGCCCAACAAUCGCCUCCACUACCGCACCCAGCAACAGCAACAGCAGGGUGAAGACUCAUAUCCCCCUACUGCCCCUCGCAAUGUUAGCCCCACAUUCGUCAUCAAGCAAUACCAAUCACUUUUGGGUCUCCCAAAUAACGCCACCUUCUUUGGUACUUUGGGGCUGAGUUUGCCCUACGUUGUCUCUCAACUGGGCUGGGAUGAGUUGAACUACCAAGAAACGCACCAUCUCUUCAACCACGACAUUGAAUGA